UUUAGGUGGACGAACAGUGCUGUAUUUUGAUAUACCACAGGCGCUUGUUUCUGUCAAUGUGGGGAAAGUAAACACAAACAAGUGCCUGUGCUCACAACUAAAUUGAAGUGAGAAAACAUGGACAAAGACCAGCACCAUAACAGCAGAGAACCAGCAAAGGGAGAAAACAGCUUAGAACCAGCAAACGGAGAAAACAGCUUAGAAUCAGCAAAGGGAGAAAACAGCUUAGAACCAGCAAAGGGAGAAAACAGCUUAGAACCAGCAAAGGGAGAAAACAGCUUAGAACCAGCAAAGGGAGAAAUCAGCUUAGAACCAGCAAAUGGAGAAAACAACUUAGAACCAGCAAAUGAAGAACUAGAAUCUGAAGUUUCAGAAGAGGGUAUUUCUCAGACUGACAUAACUUUUAAUAAAAAUACAUCAAUCAUUUCUACACUGAAGCAAAAGGACGGGAAAUAUCAGUGUGCAGUUUGCAAAAAGUUCUUUCUAAAACACACAAUCAGACGGCAUAUAAAAAAUUUCCAUGCUGAUGGUAAAACGCAUGUAUGUAGAAUUUGUCAGGCAGUUUUUAGUCAAAAGUAUGAUCUUAGAAUUCAUACGAAAACCGCACAUUCAAGACCUCCGACUCACAAAUGCAAUAUUUGUGACAAAACUUAUGUGCGCAAGAAUUCAUUGCUUAGACACAAGGAAUGCCAUUCUGAUACAGAAUUUCUGUGUAAAAUUUGUAAUAAAAACUUCAAAUCAAGUGAUAGUCUGAAAAGACAUUGUUCUUACCAUGGAAAAGAAAAAAAAUAUGUAUGUAGUGUGUGUGGGAAUAAAUUCAUGGAAAAACAUUAUUUAAAGAUUCAUAUGGCGUCCCAUUCAAAUGACAAACUUAGGGAAUGCACAGUAUGUAAUAGAAAAUUCAGUACUAUUGCUCAAUGCAAAACCCAUGAAGAAAAAGUGCAUGCUGGGGAUAGUUCAUUUACAUGUCCAGUCUGCAAUAAAUUUUAUUUCAAAUCUUACCAAUUAAAAAACCACAUGAAAAAACAUUCUGUGGGUGAAAAGAAACCUGGCUAUAAAUGUGGCACUUGUGGCAAAAGUAUAACAACUCGUUAUCAAUUGAAAAAACAUGAGUUAAGACAUUUGGGAGUUGAAAAAAUUCGAUGUGAUAUAUGUGAGAAAGGUUUUAGUGAUAAUUAUACAUUAAAAAAACAUAAAAAGUUGAUACAUACUCUCAAUUUCAAUUUUAAAUGUCAUAUUUGUGGACAAGGUUUCGUUUGCAAAGCAAAGUAUAAACACCAUCAAGUAAGGCAUCUCAAGAUUAGAAAUCAUCAAUGUAAUUUCUGCGUUAGAAAGUUUUUGUUAGAGAAGAGUUGCAUAAGUCAUAUGAAAAUAAAACAUCAUGAUGAAUAUUUUGCUGGUAAAAAAUCGUCUCUUCAUGAAUGUGAAUUUUGUGGUAAAAAGUUCAUGUAUUUAAAACUUAGAAAUGAACAUAUCAAGCUUCACACUGGACAUAGACCAUUAAUUUGUCAAUUUUGUAAUAAAUCAUUUAGAACACAACAGACUCUUGCACUUCAUGAGAAAAGACAUACAAAUCCAUUUGAGUGUGGAAUAUGUCAUGCAAAAUUUAUUCAAAAGCAUCUGCUUUUAAAACAUUUGACAAAACAUGAAGAUACUACUACCAAAGACAAUCAGGAACAGCAGAAUAUCAAUGUUCAAGAUCAAACACAAUUAGGUCAUGGUAACCUACUUAAAAUUGAGGCCAAUAGUUCUCAUGACUCAAUGUAUAUGGUGCACUCAGCAGGAGCAGUGGAUGAACAAAGUCAAUUUGGAUUAAAUAGUCAACUGUCCAAAGAAAAUCAUGCAUCAAUGGAAUUAAGAUGUAGUAACGAAGUGUUACAAAUUCAAGGUGGGAUUCAACCAGCGUGUGAGAGUCCACUAGCAUUGCGGACUGAAGAACUAAACAUAGAAGCAGUAAAUGAUGAGAUAAAACCAGAAAUCAUAAACGAAAUUAAGGAGGAAGUAAAAACAAUUGAACCAGAGACAAACGAUCAUCAAAUGAAAGAACAAAGUACAUUUCUUAAUCAUGGUCAAAGAUCAGAAACCGGAUACAUAAGUUCAUGUAGUUCUGGGUUCCCUCUAAAAGUAGAAAACAGUCCACAGCCGCGUAUAUCCAACUCUGUGACUGGGUUCCCUUUAAGAGUAGAAAACAGUCCACAGCCGGGUAUAUUAAACUCUGUGACUGGGUUCCCUUUGAAAGUAGAAAACAGUCCACAGCUGGGUAUACUAAACUCUGUGGCUGGGUUCCCUUUGAAAACAGAACACACUUUACAGCAGAAUAUAGUAAAGCCAUUGAAUGGUAAUGUUGUUACAAUGACUAAACUUGGAUCAGUGAAAGUGAAUACUGAAGAUCUUCAGAAAAUACUCAAUAGGGGAAAUAUUUUGGAUUUCAUAAAAUCUCAGACACAAAAUGAUUUAUAAUGAAUUACAUAUACAAGAGUAAAGUUAUUAUACUAUCUAUUUAUUAAAGUUUGUAUUUUUCUGAA